AGUAGCGACAUUACAUAUGACAGUAGAGUAGUUAUUUAGAAGCUCGAGUUAGAAAGCCGUAGUAGAUCGAAUCAGACGCAAAUUUUAGAAAUCCACGUAUUCAUUUCAUCCUUUUAUCAAAAAAUCAUCAUGGCAGCCCGCGGCGGGAGCGCGGGUCCCAACGGGACCACCACAUCGAAUGGCAACAACCACCAGCAAGACGUGUUCAAGGAUUUGACCCUCCGCCAGGCGGAGCGCGUGUUGUCCAAGCUGACCAGCUACCCGUCGGAUGCGGUCGCUUUCUUCGAACUGUUGAAGAUCACCACGCCGGAACUGGAAGAGGACCCGUUUUUCAGUUUCAACGGAAAGCUGGUGCGGGACCAGAGCUGGAAAGCGUUUCUCCUGCGCAUGCACCCCGACAAGCACCAGGGGGACAGUAACGUUUCCCUCUCCACGGAGGUGUUUCAGAAGGCGAAAAAUCUGUACGCGUCGUUGAACGAAAAAAACAUCAACUGGGGUCGGGAGAGAAAACCGUCCGCGUACCAUGCCGGUGGAACAGCCAGUGCGAACGGCGGUUCUUUCUUUCCGCAGGGCAGAACGGGGGCGGCGACCGGGGCGACCUCCAGUUCCUCCUUCGACCGGGCGCCGACGGUGGAUCCGAGUGGGAGAACCGGGAAUCAAGGUAGUAGUUCCGCAUCUACUUCUACGGGUGCAACUAGAACCGGCGCGCAGGAAGAAAGAUCGGCGGGAGCUACGGAUUAUUCCUCCUCCUAUGCGAACAAAACGCGGGAGGAGAAGCGGGAGCAAUUCCCCUCCGCCUUCAACAUCUACGAAAACUGGCCCUGGCUACAAAAAAACGACGGGGAACUGACGGCGCUGGAAAAGAUGGGCCGGAAGGGUGACUUGGUCAGCGCAAACUACGACCAGAAGGCAAGUGAGUUCGCAUCUUCGUCGACGAGCUGGACUACUACGCCAAACAAGGACAAAAAUGCGACGACCGGGAAUAACGGCAAGCAAGAUACAAGAACGUCUUCAAGCAAGCAAACCACAAAUGGAGGUACCAAUCCCAGUUGUUCACCUGGUGAUACCAAUUUCGGCACGUUCAGCUUUGGUGGCGGAUUUUCUACUUCCACCAAUGGGACAACAGGGGGAAGCAGGUCUACAGGAGCCAGCGCAAGCACAUUCGGCAGUGGAGCGGGCCCUCCCCCUCCGGUUUUUGGGGGCGGCGGUUUUCCGCAAAAUUUCGAAGCACCUCCGAACAGUCAACACCCAGCCCCGCCGGUUUUCGGAAAUGCAAACUUUCCGCAGCCGGGGAACGCCAACAACACCGGCAAAGGCAUUUUUGGCGACGGCGAGGGCGUGUUUGGAAACGCGAGUAACUUCGGCGGCGGGGGCCCAAGCGUGUUUGGCGGCAACGGGACUUCUGCAACGAAUGGCAGUGGCGGCGGGAAUAUUUUCGGAAAUAAUUCUACUGCAACCGGCAGCAGCGCCAGUGCGAGCAAUCUGUUCGGCAAGAAGCCCGGACGGGCAACUACAGGAAAUAACGGACAGCAGGGCACGCCGGAUAAAAAGAAUCCUUUCGGGGGAACAACAAACCAAAACUUCGGCUCCGCAAGUUUUAACCCCUCGACCGGACAGCAGGAAGACCAACCCCCCUCUAGUACCGACGUGCACUGGCAUCUCACGCUCCAGUUAAUCAACCUUCGGGGCGCGAUUACGCACGGCAGACCCAUUGGGCUGCCCUUCACGAAGGCAAGUUCGCUGAAGGACAGGAACCUGCCGAAGCAAUUUAACGUGCUCGACAUGUGGACGGGCGACAGCGUGGAGGAUCUGCUCCGGCCGUUUGGCGGGGCGAGAAGACUUCAUGGGCGGAGCGAAAUCAAGAAAGAGAUUAUGACCAACGGACCCGUGGUGUCCACGUCCUUCUACUUGGACGGGCAGUUCGCGGAACGAACCAAGCACCCGUUUGACGCCGGGCGAAUCGGUGGCCUGCACGAACUGCUUUUGGUGGGCUGGGAGGUAAACGAAUUUGGCGAGUGCUGGUUGGUCAAGGCCUUGCACAAAGACACGGCGUUUCACCCUUCAAGAAUGCAAGGUAUGAAUUUACUGCUUUAUUGAAGAUGUAGUGUACAACUAGUGCUGGCUCUUCGGCUUUUUGCAAACGGAAGUAGUUCUUCCAUCAAGCCUGGUCCUCGUGGAAUCGGCCAGCGGGACGUGGUCAUCUGACCCUAUUCUGAAUCUGAUUUAUGCCCCAGAUGGUUAUAGAACUAAACAAAGAUCUUCUUCCCAUGAUCACAUCCAAACACAGACGUCUCCCCCGACGGCAGCACGAGCCCGAGGGGCCGAAGUAGUUCGACAGGCAAGUCCACCUCGAGGAAGAAGCAAGACGCUAGCAACUCCAAAAAUAACUCCUUUCGCAUCGGUAUCCUGAGUAAAAACGUACCCACCCCAUAGUCAAGAUGGGAGAUCGGCUAGACAAAUCCACAAGUUUUGGCUGUUUUGCAUGACAAAUUUGGACUCGUAGUGUAGUGCUGUUUGAGCUAGCUCAGCAGCAUCACAGAUCUAGCAUACCAUGCUGAUUGGAGCAUGACAAAUUGCAAAACACGACUAGAAAAUGCUUCUCAUGGGGCUCCGCAUGAGAAACAUUUUCAGCAUGCAGAUUUGCACUACGACUCUGGUGUGGGUACGUUUUUACUCAGGAUAAUCGGUUUUGGGCAGUUCCAGAUCGAGGAUGAGGUGUUGACGUUCAGCAACGAGAAAGUGCUUGAGUCCGUCACUUGGCAGCCGGGGCCCUAUCUGGAGAUCGAAAACCAGGACGACGUGAAAUGGCAACUGGGGGAAAAGCAGCUCUCCGUCCCCUUGAGCGCGGACAUGCUGGAGAAGGUUCUGAUCAAGCUCGGAGGGGGCAGUUUGAAAGGGUUGUUCCAAAUGGCAUCAACAGCAUCUUCGGAGGAUCCGAAAGUAGCAGCGGCUACUAGUAGAAGUGCCGUCUACCUGGAGAUUCUCCCAAACAGUCGGAAAGCGGGGUCGCGCAGGAUACGAAUUACGGAUUUGGAGCUGCCGGUAAACAGUUUGUUUCCCGGGGCAAAGAACAAAGCGAAACCGUACUUGCUGACCGGGGAGCUGGUGGAUUGA